AUGAGAUCCCUUGUGUGCUCCUACCAAUGGUUUUCUCUUUCCUUCUUUGUUUUCUCUCUUGGUGUUUCUGCUUUCAACAUUCCAAGGUUGGGGACUGUGCAGAGAACACAUCAACAUGAACCCCGAACCAUUUCUUCCUCAUCAAAUCUACCUGAGGAUCUCAAGACAUUUUAUUACACCCAAAGGCUCGAUCACUUCAACUAUAGGCCGGACAGCUACGCCACUUUUCAUCAAAGGUACUUCGUAAAUUUUAAGUACUGGGGUGGCGCUAAAUCAGGUGCACCGAUUUUUGCAUACCUCGGAGCAGAAGCACCUGUGGAUCCAGAUAUAAAUUUUAUUGGAUUUCUCAGAGAAAACGCCCCUCAUUUCAAUGCUCUCAUUGUUUAUAUUGAGCAUAGGUAUUAUGGGAAAUCAAUACCCUUUGGUUCAUGGAAAGAAGCUAUGAGAAAUGCGAGUACUCGUGGCUAUUUCAACUCAGCCCAAGCUAUAGCAGACUAUGCUUCUGUGCUUUUACACUUGAAGAAAAGCUUGUCUGCUCGAAAUUCUCCCGUCAUCGUUAUUGGAGGCUCCUAUGGUGGAAUGCUUGCAUCAUGGUUCAGGCUAAAGUAUCCUCAUGUUGCUCUUGGGGCUCUGGCUUCAUCAGCACCGAUUCUUUAUUUCAACGGCGUCGCCCCACGAGCAGGAUACUACUAUAUUGUUACCAAGGACUUUCAAGAAACUAGUAUGAGUUGCUACCAAACUAUACGGAGAUCAUGGUCUGAAAUUGACAGGGUAGCAAAGAAGCCUAAUGGCCUUUCAAUUCUCAGCACCAUGUUUAGAACUUGCAAAAAACUGAGGCACAGUUCUGAGCUCAAGGACUACUUAGACUCAGUAUAUGCCGAGGCAGCUCAGUAUGAUCACCCUGCUUCCUAUCCAGUAAAGGCCAUCUGUGGAGCCAUUGAUGCGGCAGCUAAGAAAACCAAUAAUAUUCUUGAUCAAAUAUUUGAAGGUGUUGUCGCCUUUAUGAAAAAUAAAUCAUGCUAUGACUUGAAUAUAUUCAAUUAUCCUAGUCAAACUAAUAUGGGAUGGAGAUGGCAGACUUGUAGCGAAAUGGUUAUGCCAAUCGGACACGAAGAGAGCGAUUCAAUGUUCCCACCAGCACCUUUCAAUAUGAAAACGUUUGUCAAAGAGUGUAGGAGCUUGUAUGGCGUCCUUCCACAGCCUCACUGGGUGACUACUUAUUAUGGGGGUCCUGGUUUGAAACUGAAACUCCGUAGGUUUGCAAGCAACAUCAUCUUCUCCAAUGGUCUUAGAGAUCCCUAUAGUUCUGGCGGGGUGUUGGAGAGUAUAUCAGAUAGUGUCGUUGCUGUAUCAACAGUCAACGGAUCUCAUUGCCUGGACAUUCUUGAAGCAACACCAAAUGAUCCUCAGUGGUUAGUCAUGCAGAGAAAAUCUGAGGUCAAGAUAAUCAAAGGCUGGAUUGCUAAGUACCAAGCUGACCUACGAGCAUUAAAUAACCAAAAUAUUUCAUAUAACUAA